AUGUGGAUUCAUAAUGGGGAGGGAAGAAGCAUGUCCCGUCUGUCUCUAACACGGUCCCCGGUUUCUCCUCUGGCUGCUCAAGGAAUUCCUCUCCCAGCUCAACUCACCAAGUCAAACGCUCCUGUGCACAUCGAUGUAGGAGGACACAUGUACACCAGCAGCCUGGCUACCUUGACAAAGUACCCAGACUCCAGAAUAAGUCGCCUAUUUAAUGGCACAGAGCCUAUUGUCUUGGACAGUUUAAAACAACAUUAUUUCAUUGAUCGAGAUGGUGAAAUUUUCAGAUAUAUAUUAAGCUUCCUAAGGACAUCUAAGCUACUGCUCCCAGAUGACUUUAAGGACUUUAAUCUUUUAUAUGAAGAAGCAAAGUAUUACCAGCUGCAGCCAAUGAUUAAGGAACUUGAGCGAUGGAAACAAGAGAAAGAACAAAGGAAACAUUUCCAGCCUUGUGACUGCUUGGUCGUAAGAGUGACUCCAGAUCUGGGGGAAAGAAUUGCAUUGAGUGGGGAGAAAGCUUUAAUAGAAGAGAUUUUCCCAGAGACCGGGGAUGUCAUGUGCAACUCUGUGAACGCAGGCUGGAACCAGGACCCUACCCACGUCAUCAGGUUCCCACUGAACGGAUACUGCCGGUUGAAUUCAGUGCAGGUGCUUGAAAGAUUAUUUCAGAAAGGAUUUAAUGUGGCAGCUUCAUGUGGUGGUGGGGUGGAUUCCUCUCAGUUCAGUGAAUACGUGCUGUGUCGUGAAGACAGACGACCACAACCUACCCCAACAAUCAGAAUAAAACAGGAGCCCCUGGACUAGACCCUACCUGUACUCCUUUGUAACCGUAGAAGUGUUUAAUAGUCCCUUAUGUGAAACACUAAGGAUUUGCAAAACAGUAUUAGCAAAAAUAUUUUGACUUGAUGUUGCCGAUUAGUGGUAUUCUGAAACUACCUGUCACAUAGCCAGCCAUGAGAUGCAUUUGAAAAAUCAGUUGUCCAUUUUUCACAAUGAAAUUCCUGAGCAUGCUGGGCGUACCAGGCCUGCUGGGGAUGUACUCUGGGCUGAACAGCUGUGGUGGUGAAGAAGGCAAAGCUUCAUAAACCCCUGACCCUUAGAUUGGACUUCUACAGAAAGACCAAUGAAGGCAAUCUGAACAGAUCAACAGGAGAAACGGUUCUGCCAGUCUUUCCAACGAUCCCCCAAUGCUGUGACGCC